UGACUAUUUUAAAGGCAAAAUCUGUGAAAAGUUGAAGUUGGUUUCAACAUGGCGAAGUGGACAGCACGGGUCCCGUGGCUCCUUGGUCUCCUCGCAGUCAGUCUGGGCGCCGAGCUGCUGACCAACGGAGGGUUUGAAUCCACGUCCAACUGGGACUGCUGGGGCAUUCAGUGCACACUCACCGACAACAAACACUCCGGCCAGCAUGCCUUGGAGGUGACAGGCAGGGAGCAGACAUGGCAGGGACCGUCUCAGACCAUCGAGGUGCAGCAGGGCCAUAGCUACACUGUCAGCGGCUACAUUCGCCUGCUGAACGACGACAACCAGGGUCAGACAGUGCAGCUGGAGGUCAACUUAAAAUUCGAGGACAACACCGAUGACUAUGCAACGGUUGCCGAGCAUACGGGUGCGAGAGUUAGUGACGGGUGGAUCCACCUUACAGGGAAAUUCUCCGCCCCUGAUAAAGCCAUCAAGUCUGCUAGAAUCUACUACCAGGGGCCUGCACCCGCUGUUAACUUCGUCGUUGACGAGACCUCCGUGCAGUCAACGUCUCCUUCCGGUGCGAGCCCGAACGUCGAUGACGCCAUCAACAGACUGCGCAAGAGCGACAUGCACUUUCCAUGUUACGACAGCCGCCGGCGUAGACAAGAGACAAGUCCAAAUCCACAUUGUCCAGAAAAAGAAGGCAUUCCCAUUCGGCAUGGCAGUGGGCGUACCCUACUACAACAACCCGGGUAUGACGAAAUACAGGGACUUCAUUCACCAGCACUUUAACUGGGGUGUGCCCGGCAACGCUCUGAAGUGGUAUGCCAUAGAGGGCACACAGGGAGCUAGAAACUACAAGCCAGCGCUGGACUUCAUAGACGGUCUACACAGACACGGCAUGAAGGUCAGAGGUCACUGCCUCUUGUGGGCGGUGGAGUCGACGGUGCAGAGUUGGGUCAAGGCGCUUUCAGUUGAUGAUCUGC